UUAAUGCCUCCACCACUACGUGCUCGAUCCAAACAAUAAGCCUUCGUCAUUGCAUACGCUAUCAAGAUUCAGAUCUUGCCGUGUCUUAUUCAACUCUAAACUCUGUCCCUGCCAGAGAGAGAGAGACUGAGAGAUGGAAAAGGAAGGAAAUAGACGGCUCCGGGUGGUGCUUGUACCGGGGCCGUUCCAAGGCCACUUAAACCCAAUGCUUCAGUUGGGCAGCAUCCUCCACUCCAAUGGCUUCUCCAUCACUGUCGUUCACACCCAAUACAACUCCCCAAACCCUUCAAGCCAUCCUGAUUUCAGCUUUCUUGCCUUGCCAGAUUCCUCAUCCAUCUUCACUGGCGAGUCCUUCAUUCCUUUUGCAUUGCAGCUUAAUGUCAAUUGCAAAGCUCCUUUCCAGGAAUGCUUGGCUCAAGUGAUGAGGCAACAGGGACUGGACGAUGGAAUCGCCUGCGUUAUCUACGAUGAGAUCAUGUACUUCUCCGAAGCAGCGGCGAAGGAUCUGAAGCUUCCAAGCAUCGUCCUACGCACUGGUUGCGCUGCCCUUUCUCUUGCUGGUCAUGCCAUUUUCCAACUGAAGGCAGAAGGCCACAUUCCCUUCCCAGAAUCGAGGUCGAAGGAUCCAAUUCUGGACCUUUAUCCACUCAGGUUCAAGGAUCUACCUAUUAUGGAAAAAUUAGAGAACUUUAUGCAACUGCUGAGUAAAGUUGCCAACAUUCGAACAUCUUCGGCCAUCAUUUAUAAUACAAUUGACUGCCUUGAAAAUUCAUCAAUGGCAAAGAUCCAACAGCAAUGUCAAGUUCCAAUCUUCCCAAUAGGCCCAAUGCAUAGGAUUGCCUCGGCCACUUCUAGUAGCUUAUUGGAAGAGGACACUAGCUGCUUGGCAUGGCUUGAUAAGCAAAGUUUUAAUACAGUCAUUUAUGUAAGCUUAGGAAGCUCGGCAUUCAUGGACGUCAAAGAGUUGGUUGAGAUGGCUUGGGGGCUAGUGAAUAGCCAGCAACCUUUCUUGUGGGUGGUUCGACCAGGCUUAGUUCCUGGUGCAGAAUGGAAUGACAUACUGCCUCAAAGUUUUAAAGAAAACAUUGGCAAGAGGGGUUACAUUGUGAAAUGGGCACCUCAAAAGGAAGUUUUGGCGCAUGAUGCAGUGGGAGGGUUUUUGAGUCAUUGUGGAUGGAAUUCAACGUUAGAGAGUAUUUGCGAAGGAGUUCCAAUGAUAUGCCGGCCAUGUUAUGGGGAUCAAGGAGUAAAUGCAAGGUAUGUGAGCCAUAUAUGGAGAGUUGGCCUGGAAUAUGAGAAUAAAUUUGAGAGAGGUGAGAUAGAGAGAGCUAUAAGAAGACUUAUGGUGGAUGACGAAGGGAAAAAGAUGCGAAAGAGGGGCAAAGAUUUAAAAGAAAGAGUUGAACUUUGCACUAGAGAAGGUGGUUCAUCUAACAAUUCCUUGAUCGAGCUAAUAAAGAUGAUCAUGUCAUUUUAAUUUUGCAUAUGCUUUGAUUAAAACAUUUUCUUUUUUCUUAUUGGAGGGAUCAUAUUUCUUGUCCAUAUACAGAAUUUCCAAAAAAUAAAAAUAAAGAAAUCCCAUAGUUGUCAUUUAUAUAUAUUUUUUUAAGUGGUUGAUAUUGUAAACCACUUAAAACACGUCAUAUUAGCUUGUAUGAAAUGGAUGUGAUAAAUGGGUACGAUGACUCGAAGAGUAUUGUUAUUUUUG